AUGCCUUCACUCUGGGAGAAAGUUGGAACAAUCUGCUCUCCUUCUCUGCUUUUCAGCACAACCUUUUGCAAAACACAGUUUAAUUCCUUUUUUUUCCCCCCAAUGUCAGGGAGAAGAGCCCAUGGAACAGCCGCAUUAGGAAUAAAAGUUAUUCCACAAGAGCUACAAGGGAACUUAUCAACCCACAAGUCACUGACCUGUUUGCUGAAGAUAUGGAAAGAGCCCACAAGCAAAAAAACGACGUCCUACUUCCGGCCCCGCGGUGCCCUCAGCGCUUCCCGCCUCGGCACGGGCCCGUCCCGGCUCCUCCCGCCUCCCGCUCCGGCUCCUCCCGCCUCAGCCCUUCCCGCCGGCUCCCUCAGGAGCUACCGGGAGUCAGGAGCCGCUGCAGCCCUCGGCGGCCGCCGGAGCCCCGCUCCUGCCAGCCACUCCGUGCCGUGGGUUUGGCAUCUCCCGGCUCCAAGGGCUCCUCUCAUCAUGAGCUCCUUCGAGGAGGCCGAAACAGAGGAGACAGUGACGUGCCUCCACCUGACCUUCUACCACCCUGGGCAGGCCGAGAAGAUGAUGUUCCGCUGCCUGAAUUUCUGCCAGCGGCAGCAGCUGCGGGCGGACGACACGGCCAAGUUCGGCCGCGACUCCAGCCUGUGCCACUACAGCCUGGUGGACACGCGCGUCUCCCGCAUCCAGUUCUCCCUGCAGUUCUACAGGAAGCUCCACACCUCCGAGUACGCCUUCGAGAUCAAGAACCUGAGCAAGAAAACGAAGCUGACCGUCAACCAAACAGAGCUGGGUUACUUGAACAAAAUCGACCUGCCCUGGAGGUGCAUCAUCUGCUUCGGGGACUACCAGAUCCUGGCGGAGAUUCAAGAAGGGGAGGCCAUGGAUUAUUUUGAGACUCACUUGCACUUGGCUGAAGCACCCAUCCUACAAGAAAGGUGCCUGCCAUCCCUGCAGCCUAUACCCGAGAAUGGCAUUUCUCCUUCCUUUCCUCUUAGCCAAGGUAAAAGCCCCACAGAGAUUGAUGAGAACGAGCUGUGCUAGCGGGGAGAAGGAGGCUGGAUCAGAUUUUGUAGCAUACACGGCCCUCACCUCAGCCCGGUGUUCUUGGUGGUGCUCACUGACUGCUGCACAUCAGUCUUCUUUGCUCGGUGUUUUCAGCACAGGCAUUCCAGAGCACUGCUCCACAGGAAAGGAUUCCAGCCACUGCCUUCAUGGAGGGCUCUCUGAUGCUCAGAAAGGUGUGGGAGACGAGGGGCCAGUCAAAUCCAUGGAAUCCCAGAGCCGUGGCCACGUGCCUUGGAGGGAUAUUUGACAGGCAUUCACACAGAGCAUGCACAGCAGGGUUUGGUCCCAGCCAAGGGGUGACACAGUGUCUUGUUGCAUAUUAUACUUGGUGCUCUGCUUUGCACACCAAAUCCCAAACAGUAUUUUUUGCGAGCCUAGGUUGUGACUUCACAGAUUUUGCAACUUAGAAACACUUUGUCGUUUUACAUUUUUAUUAGCUUCAAAGCAAGGUUUCUUUUUUAUUUUUACUUAUUUAAUUAACUUUUUUUUUUUUUUGCAAGUUUACUUUUGCUUGUGAUGUAGACAAACAUGUAGCAUCAAUGAUCAUGGUCUAAUAUGGAUAAAAAUCCACAUUAAUUUUGCAAUAAAUACAUUUUGUUCCCUAGUAAGGGUUCGCUCUGUUAUGUAGCUGUAAUCUAAAAGAAUUUUUGGAGAAUAAAAUGAUUUCCAGGACCAUCAAGAUAA